CCGUCGGCAGCCUCUCCCGAGCCGCUGCGGCUUCCCAGCGCUGUGAGUGGUCGGCUAGACCCGGCUGGCUAAAUUGGUGGGAGGCCGAGCUGGUGAGAAGCGACUGGCAAGAGACUCAGAGGCAACCAUAAUGUCGUUAAGGUCCCACACACUGCCCACCCUGCCUAGAGCUGUCAAACCGGGUUGCAGAGAGCUGCUGUGUCUGUUGGUGGUGGCAGUGAUGGUGAGCCCCAGUGCCUCGGGAAUGUGCCCCACGGCUUGCAUCUGUGCCACCGACAUUGUCAGUUGCACCAACAAAAACUUGUCUAAGGUGCCUGGGAACCUUUUCAGAUUGAUUAAAAGGCUGGAUCUGAGCUAUAACAGAAUCGGAUUCCUGGAUGCUGACUGGAUCCCGGUGUCAUUUGCCAAGCUGAGCACCCUCAUUCUUCGUCACAACAACAUCACCAGCAUUUCCACAGGCAGUUUCUCCACGACUCCGAAUCUAAAGUGUCUUGACUUAUCGUCCAACAGGCUGAAGUCGGUGAGAAGUGCCACGUUCCAAGAGCUGAAGGCCCUGGAGGUGCUGCUCCUGUACAACAACCACAUUUCCUAUCUGGACCCAGCUGCGUUCGGAGGGCUUUCCCACUUGCAGAAACUCUACUUAAGUGGGAACUUCCUCACGCAGUUCCCUAUGGAUUUGUAUGUGGGGAGGUUCAAGCUGGCCGAUCUGACAUUUUUAGAUGUUUCUUAUAACCGAAUCCCUUCCAUCCCAAUGCACCACAUAAAUUUAGUGCCGGGGAGACAGCUGAGAGGCAUCUACCUUCACGGGAACCCGUUUGUCUGUGACUGCUCUCUGUACUCGUUGCUGAUCUUUUGGUAUCGCAGGCACUUUAGCUCUGUGAUGGAUUUUAAGAAUGACUACACCUGUCGCCUGUGGUCUGACUCCAGACACUCCCACCAGCUGCUGCUGCUCCAGGAGAGCUUCCUGAACUGUUCUUACAGCGUUAUCAACGGCUCCUUCCACGCACUUGGCUUUAUCCACGAGGCUCAGGUUGGGGAGAGGGCAAUUGUCCACUGUGACAGCAAGACUGGUAAUGGGAACACUGAUUUCAUCUGGGUGGGUCCCGAUAACAGACUGCUGGAGCCAGAUAAAGACACGGGGAACUUUCGUGUGUUUUACAACGGAAGUCUGGUGAUAGAGAACCCUGGUUUGGAAGAUGCUGGAGUUUAUUCUUGUAUCGCCAUGAACAGGCAGCGGCUGUUGAAUGAGACCGUGGAUAUCGUGAUAAACGUAAGCAACUUCACCGUAAACAGAUCCCACGCCCACGAGGCGUUUAACACGGCUUUUACCACCCUGGCUGCCUGCGUGGCCAGUAUAGUCCUAGUGCUACUAUAUCUGUACCUGACACCAUGCCCUUGCAAGUGUAAAGCCAAGAGACAGAAAAACAUGCUGAACCAAAGCAGUGCCCAUUCGUCCAUCCUCAGCCCCGGCCCCACCGGCGAUGCAGAUGAUCGGAAGGCAGGUAAAAGAGUGGUGUUUUUGGAGCCUCUGAAGGAUACCGUGGCAGUGGAGGCAGCGGGACAGAAUGGGAAAGUCAAACUUUUCCCCAGUGAGACCGUGAUAGCUGAGGGCAUCUUAAAGUCCACCAGGGCAAAAUCUGACUCAGACUCAGUCAAUUCCGUGUUCUCAGACACACCCUUUGUGGCAGCCUCUUAACUGGGUGCCCAUGUUCGUCUGGUGUCGUGAUUUAAUCUUCCCCUGCCUAAUUAACUUUGGUCCGCAGAAUGGACAGCAGGACAGAAACCGUCUUGUCUUUUAGGAUAAAACCAAAUGGUGUCUUUUAAGAUGGUGCCUAGGAAGGGAGAGGCACAGUGGUUGCUUCUUGUGCUGGGUUAAAGAGGCAGCUGAAUUUGAGGGUCUGAGUUCCCGGAUAAUAGCAUCUUAGCCUUCAAUAUCGAUGAGGAUUUCUGAGCUGCCCUGAAGGCAAUAGGACCGGUCAUUAUCUCUUUAUUUGGUUAUCUUGGAGGAAAAAUAAAGCUAUGUGUUAGCAUUCUUUAAAAAUAGACUCUUUUGACUAGAACCAAAGUUGAGCUCAGCUUUUUUUUUCUUUUAAAGAAAAACAUUAGUGGCUUCUUUCCCUUUUAAAAUACAUAGAAGGGAGAAUUGGUUAUUUAUAAAGCAUAAAGUUAGCAUACAGGUUGUUCAGCCAAAACCAUCAUUUCAGACCAGAAUAGGCAAACUUAGAACAUCCACAGGGCUCUGCCACAUCCCAUGCAGUGCAUAGGGGCUGCUUAGCUGUCUUCUCCGUAAUCUCUGUGCUGUAUCCUGGUACAAAAGACCUCGCUGAAACAUUAAAGGUGUCAUCAUUUGUUGCCAAGAAUGUGUGUCAAUACCGAAAUGUCUUGAGUAACUCCCUAAACCUUCACCGUAGCAGACCCACGUCUGUCCAUCUGCUCGUGCGUACGUAAAACCUUAAGUUAUGUGAACGGCUGGAUAGAUCCCAAUGUCCUGUGUUCCAAACAUUUAAAUCAGUAUAAAUACAUGUGCUCUGUAACUCGA